AUCGUUGUGUACACUGUCAUGAUAUUCGCCAUAUGGAAUAUUCCAACCGUACGGAACCUCAUAAACCCACUCAAACUGUUCACCAUUGGCUGGCACGAGCUAUGUCACAUAAUAGUGGCGAUCAUGACAGGGGGGACUAUACUCAAAGUCACGAUUGACCCAAACGUCGGAGGGUGCACCAUCGUCGAGGGAGGGCAUCCGCCGAGCAUCCUGGCAGCAGGAUACAUAGGCUCGGCAGUAUUUGGCGGUAUAUUCAUUAUGGCUGGGUUUGAUACCUUAGUCUCAAAAAUCUUGAGCUUCGUCAUUGGGAUUGGGCUCAUAUGCCCUUUGGUCCUUGUCAGGGACAAAUUGACUUUGAUCUUGACUGUACUAUACGAAGGCCUGCUAAUUGGCUUCUGGUUCAUCGACCACGCGGACGCUCUCCGUUGGUAUUGCUUGUUCAUCGGAGUGAUGAACGCCUUCUAUGUGGUCUGGGACAUUGCAGACGACAAGUUCUUCCGAAAAGCUAACGACUCAGACUGCACGCAAUUCUCAUAUAUGUAUCCAAAGAUCUCCGCCCAUGUUUGGGCGGCUAUAUGGAUUCUGUUCGACUGUGGUGUCCUGAUAGGGUUCAUCUUCGCCGGCAUUACAUCCUUCAGGAUGACUGGUGACGAAAUGUUGUAUCAAGCAGCCCAAUUCCUUCCGACAUGAUAUACGACGCAAUUGGCUAACAACUGUACACAACCUUGUCUCGUCGCAUUGCUUUCGAUAUCCACAUUCAUCUACGAACCUGCUGCAUCUAUAACUUAAUGCUUGCAUACCGGGUUGUACUACG